AAAUUUCCUAAGCCCACGCAGCAAGUUCGGCUCAAUCAACCCCGCUGGGAAACCCCGGUGUCCCAUCAUGUCAUUCGUAAUCUACUCGCUCGAGAGCCACAUCGAGGAAUUCUUCAAGGCUUCAACAACCACGACCAGGGAGGAAUGCGACCUCAAGGCGGCUAGUCUCGCCAGUGGCGCACCGGUAGUGCCGGUGCCCAUGCAGGGCGCGUGGAGCUACACCGUCACGGCGGGGCCGGACCAGGCACACAUUGUGCAGUUCCGCCCCAGCAACGCCACGCUCAACAUGUCGCGCCUCGAACUCGCCCGGCAGGCCCACCCGUGGUGUGUUCCCAAAUGCACCUACCAUGGACAAGCGGGCGGACAGCUUCCCCUCGACAUUUAUGUCAUGGAUAAAGCCGCCGGGGAGUGCUACCUCUACUCUAGAAACAUUUCGCCCGAGGGAACGGAAGACAAGGCCAGAUUUGACGCCCGGCAGCACAGGACGGUGCGCGAUCUCGCCAGAUUUUUCGCAGACUCAUGGAACGCGCCGCAAAAGGUCAGCCCCGCUGUGGCCGACGGCGUGCACCAGAAGCUGGAACUUGAUCUUGACCGCCUUGACAAGGCUUUCCCCGACCGUUUCUCAAUAACGCUGAACCAGGUCCGCGACAGUUUCACGCGGUUAUUCAGCCUUCCAUGGGUUAUUACCCACGUCGACCUGAACGAGACAAAUAUCCUCGUCGACGACACCGGCGCUAUCACGGCCAUUAUCGACUGGGCAGACGCCGAGAUGCUGCCGUUCGGCAUGUCGCUGUGGGGGCUGGAGAACAUUCUCGGCUAUAUGGACGGCACAGGGUGGCACUAUCACGGCAAUGCCCAGGAGCUCCGAGACGAGUUCUGGCGGGUCUUCAAGGCGAGCGUUGGAGGGGUCGGGGAGGAGGCGAUGGCGGCCAUCCGUAUUGCGCGCAUGGUUGGCUUGUUCAUGCGCUAUUGUUUUGCGCUCCAUGGUUCAGGGGACAGGACGGUCCUCGACACAAAUGCGGCAACGCUUAGGUACGCCGAUGCUUUUUGCACCAGAGGCAUCUAGGAUACGGAAAGACGCGCCUGUGUUAAUGCCGACGCCGGGGAGGCCUUCCUGGCCCUGUUCGGGCCCUGUCAGAUGUUGCUCGUGUCGCAGCGGGGACGGCGUGUUUGCUUGUGACUGCGCAGAACUGCGCGGGGGCCGGUGCGGCAGCGACGCGCGCCUCCGGGCCUCCGGGCCACGGAGGAUGGCGUACGCCACUCUACCGGCUAGGGGCGGCGGCGGCGGCAUGGUGCCGUCGCCAGCGCCGUGGGCGGGCGUGGGAGUUGGAUUGGAUUGCUCAAUUGGCGGCUGUUAAGAAUUUGUAUGUAACUUGGCGGUGUGCAGGAGCGUUCGCGUGGAAAGACCUUGUGGGGCAAGGAUGCGAUGGGUGCUGCACUCGAGGACGUGCUUGUCCACGUGGUGACGCUCCAUUCCUGCGGGCUUUGUCCGUUCCUGCAGUAGCUAGUACGAAAUCUCGAAAUCUAGACGAAUAGAAUGCUUCAAUAUCCCG